GACGCGGACGUGGGGCACUGAGCGUUCUAUAGUGAAAGGACCGCGGCAAGGAGGGGGUCUGGCAAAUUCUGUCCACGGAUUGGAAGUUGGAUUUGGAAGGGGCGUGAUAUAUUACACACCUCUGGGCAAGGAUAGGUAAGUACGCCCGUGAGGCGGAGUGAAUACGACAUUUCGGGGCGGGUCUAGGAUACAAUUCACAGCCACAUAAUUUUGAAUGGUGUGUUUACAAUUUCUGUCAUAUUUAGUUCCUUCUAGAAGACAUGGGCAAACAUGAACAACGAACACAUACAGACACCUCUAGGAAUAAAACAAGUUAUAUUAUAUUCUAAAGACUGAGUUAACCAAUAUAGAAAAUAGAUUUUAUUUGCACCAAAAAAGCUUUCAACAACCACACUGUAUCUUGAAUGUCCUAUUCAUCCUCUUACAACAACUUGAAUAACCUUUUUCCUCUCCUUUUUGGAGAGUCUCCAAUUCAUUAUUGAACCCUGAACAUGCACUUGCCUGGAAUGUAUGGCUGUAAUGUAUGUUCAUUGAUGAAGCAGUUUACAAGUUCACAGUGGGUGCUUUCAUUUCAACGACCCAUAGAUGUCUCUCUAGUCUUGCCCUCUGUAGCUCUCUCUCUGCUCUGUAGAAUGAUGGAUCUUUUUUCUAAAGUUAAUUGAGUUUAGGCUGUUUCCUUUCCUCUAAACGCACAUGACCAUCCUGUGAUUUUCUAUCCGUCUCCCAAAACAGGCCUCAGAACUUCGUUGUUGGUGUUGUGAAUGUGUUACUUGGAUACUGCUUCAAAAAAUAUUACUUUUCACAAGAUGCAUUUGGCAGGGUGGAUCCUUGCGGUGGCACUAGUUUUUGGGACCUCAAAUCUCAAGAUCACAUCCGCGGGACCUCUCCAUGCACAAUGCAAAGUAGAAUGGUAUUUUGGGAUCCCCUGUAGACAGGUCUAUGAAGGUCUGGUCACUCAGAUCAAGCAUUGGAGGACCAUGUCCAGCUGUGUGAUGGGGGGACAGAGGUGCCUCUACAAGCUCCAGGCAGCCUCUAUCCACUUCAUAGCAGCCAAACACACCACACCAUUUAAGAAGACUGUCGAUGACCUGACGUUCCGUCUGGUCUCCUUUGAGUUCUUCACCCACUGUCAUGUCUCGGCCAUGUCUGUCUCGGAGAGCUGGUAUGCCAUUAGAGAUCACGGCACAAACUACUGCAACCUCUAUAAUCUCAUGGAAGGAAGUGGCCUUACAGAUGCCCCUGGAUACAAAGAGAUAACGAGUGACUUCCUGUGUACCCAGCGGUCCUCUGCUGACUGCACUGUAUACUGACACCAUGAUGGCCCAUGGUUCAUAUUGCAUGGCAACAGCUUGCUCACCGUCAGAUCAUAUUCCUCAUCAUCUGACAGUGUUUAGCAGCACCACAUUUUAUACACACACUGCUUUUGUUUUCUUUAAAGGUCUUCUUUUUUUUAUUUGAUCCAUUCAUUCUUAUGCUGUAUCUUUUUAUUCUUGUUAUUUUUUUUUUUUUUUACUUAUCGAUUUAAAAUGAUUGUUAUUGUACGGUAACUGCCCAUCUUGUAAUGAAGCAAUGAAGUCAAAAAGGUUUAAGUAAGGAGUAGUGAGGUAAAAGUUUCAUCUGUAAGGUCUUUCCUGCUGUCUCAAGCCGGGAGAAAACGUAGUUGUAAAUAUAGUUCUCCUUUCAUUCUAUACCUCUUGAGGUGAGUCGCGUUCUGAGGGGCAUCGUUCUUUUUGACACCUAAACCAGUUUUCCUCUUAAAAGCAAUGGUGCCUGGGUAAAAAAAAAAAAAAACACAGUGAGCUAUGUGAAUUGCAGGGCAGGUUUUUAUUAGCACAGCAAUAUGGUCAGCUGGGCUUUGCCAUCCAUCACAGCGAAGGCUUUUCAGAUCACUGCUAGAAGACACUUUGCCACGGACAUCAAUGUCUAUGUCUGCAUCCCAAAUGUCAACGUAUUCCCUAUAUAGUGCACUAGUUUUGACAUAGGCCCACAGGGUGCACUUUAUAGGUAGAGGGUGCCAUUUGGGAGUUAGACAAUCUAUGCUUUAGUUUAGCCAUAUAGCUUUCCUCUCUUGCCAAUAGGUGGCAGUGUCUGCAAGCUCCUUUGUCCUGUUACGGUUAUCUGCACAAAUGGACUUUUUAUUAUCAUUAAACCACAGCAAUUCCAAUAUUUCAAAGAAAAGUCGUAUGCAUUUCACUAUGGAUAGAGAAAGUGGACUAGGAAGAGAGCAGGCAUUGCAUAAAGACUAUUGCUUUGAUUUUUCAUUUUUCCAGCACAUACGAACCACCACGCUUCACAGCUUAAGGGCAUAGAUUUCCCUGCUUUCUGAAGAAGUGUAACAUAACCGAAUGAUGUGUACUCAAAGAGAUCAACGAAUUGUUUCAUUCUGAUAGUAAGUAGACUAUUAUUUUCUGUGACUGUGUUAUCCAAUAUAAUGAUUGAAUUGAAACAGCUCUUCAGCUAACACGGACACUACGGUAAUAUCAGGGCUUAAAUUGGGAUAGUGGUCGUGGAACUGACUUCAAAAUGAAUAGGCUCUGAGAGAUCAUUUUUAAUUGACAGUUUUAUGUCCAUCUGACAGUUAGCAUCGUCCUGUCCUCCAUCCAAAUGUGGAUGAACGCGGUUCCACUUCAUAGUCCAUCCAGUCCAAUUUAACAGCUGUUUAUUUAAUGUGUAUGUUGUAACACAUGCAAAUAGUUUUUGUUUUAGGUGUGUCAAGUUACAGAUCAUUUGAAAGCAUGGCCAAACUCUCGUUCACUAAGUUUUUUUUGGGGAACAGGAUUGUAUUACGACUCCUUCCCUGUGGCAUCAGUAUUUUGGAGUGCAUAUGCUCCUACGCUGUGUGCAUAUCUUCAUGUGUACGUUGUUGUAUGUGCCCUUUCAACGGGUGCUUUACAUGGUUAGACAGGACAGGCCCAUGACAGUGCAUUCCCUUUUCCUGCCCACAUAACACAAACAGUGUUGAAUUCCCUCUUAUUAAAACUGAAAUGACCCCAAAAACCCAUAGCCUGGAAUCUAAACUGAUAUGCUCAAUUUCACCAUUAAAACAGAACAUAUCAGUUUGACAAGGGGCCCCAGGGCCAUCAGGGGCCUUAUAGUCCCUGUCUGAGAUGUCUGCCUGGUGCUAGGUCCGAAAUGGCACCCUAUUCCCUAUAUAGUGCACACAUUUUGACGAGAACCCUAUGGGCCCUGAUCAAAAGUAGUGCACUACAUAGGGAAUAGGGUGCCAUUUGGAAGGAAGCCAUGACAAGGUCCAGAGUGGCAGGGGGACAAGGUAAUCACAGGCUGUGUAUUGAACAAUAUUGAGAAGCACAACAAUACCAUCUAUAAAUCACCAUUGAGAGUAUGAGAGCCACGCUGGGUCCAGGAUCUCAAGGACAAAACAGGCUGUCCCCUCUAGCCGGAAGGGAACCAACCUUGUAAAAAGUGUCUGCUCGCUUUAUACAAGGCAGUGUUAUUGUUGUGGACUGUAACCCACAUACUACCUUGCCUUAAUGGUUAAACUGUUAGGAUUUGUUUUGGUGUAAUUCACAAUUAAAUAUAGUUGAUGCAUAAUGUUUUACAGUAUAUGAAGAGAACUAGGUUCCUUUCACAAACCGUUGGCUCAAAGUAAGAAAGGACCUAACAUGACACAAGCUAAUAGUAAUUAGCGAAUGUGUCUCCCUGUAUUAUACACAUUGACACACAACACCUCCCUAUAGGAGUCUAAGGAGCAGAGAUCUCUAUCUCCACUACACUGAGUGUAUGCUAGUUCUCUGUGAGGAGAUGCCAGAGCGGAUCCAUCACUCUGGUUCCACCACUCUCAUUAGCUGUGACAGAACAUUAGCUCAGUGGAGGAGUGGAGAAUGGAGCUAGUAUGGUUCUAGAGCGGGAGGGUUCCGUUACAUAUGACCAUGUGACCCAGUCACUAGCAUUAAGGAUCACCCUGCCUCAGAUCACCACAUUCAUACUGUGACGGCUUCUCUGUGUGUGUGUUUGUGUGUGUGUGUGUUAAUGCCCCUUGAGAUCCAUCUGAGUUGGUAUGGAUCUAUUUAUUGAUAUGAUCCUCCCCAAACCUCUCAUUUACAAAAUGUCUUCGUUCUUUUGACGCCCUUAUAGCAGCAGUGCAAAUGAUAUGUGAGUAUAGAGCCAUGCAGCGUGGUGUGUGUUCUUUAACACAGUGGGACACAAACAUACCUGACAGUGUUUAAGCUGUCACCUCCAGCUAGCUAACACCACUUGGCUUUCUUCCACUGAGUGUGUUUGACACACACACACACACACACACACACACACACACACACACACACACACACACACACACACACACACACACACACACACACACACACACAGUGGUGGGGGUGCCAGCUUUGUAAUUGAUUGAACUGCAGCUCUGUUCAAAAAAAUAUCUACCGUAUGUAUUAUAGGUACAGUAACAGUCUGUCUGAAAGGCUAACAGUUUUAAAUACAAUUUGUUGUCCUUUUAAAGAAGAAAAAUAAAGUAAUACAUUCCUUAGAAAAUGUUUAUGAAUCAAGUUUAUUUAAAAUAAGUUAUAUUGGUCUUCUAAUAUUUCAACUAUAAUGCAUUUUUUGUGGCUCUCAACACCUGUUCACCUUGUACAUUGUAUUUCAUUCAGCCUAUUUAUAAAGCCGCUGACCCCUUUCAAUGACUCAAUAUUUCCACAUUAGAAGUGUUUGUAUAAAAUCCAAUUCAAUCCAAACAUUUCGAUCUAGUCAUUGAUUUAUGUCUUGCUUAUUGUGGCCUAAAUAAUAAAGGGAUGUCCUUCUG